AUGGAAGAGGAUGAUAAGAACGCUUUGGCAGCAGCAAAUAUGAUUGAUUCUUCACCCAACAUAACACCAAAGAAGAGAAAGGAGGGACCUUCUCUAACAUCUUCUGCAGAAACUCCAACCAAGAGGAGAAGAGGAUGCCCUCCUGGUUCUGGUUCUAGUUUCGGAUCAAAGAAGAGAAAAGAAGAACCAUCAGAAAUAACUUCUCGUAUCAGUGAUGAAAAAUCCAGCCCUCAUGUGAUUGUGUUGAAUGCCGACCAGGAUGUGGUAGAAGUUCUAUACAAUAUACCUGUGGCAAAUUAUCCUAAAACUGUUACCGUAUUUUCUGCGUUCGGUUCUAUAUCAGAAAUUACCGCUCAUACUCCGAAUGGUUCCAGGCACCGCAAGGGAGAAUUUGAGAUUCUUUUUCUGGCUAUAAGAUGUCUGGUUAGUGAUAAUGGUCAUCACUGUCGUGAAAAGGCAAUGUGCACCGUUACAUGCACAAAUGAUCAGGGAAAUCUGUUUGCGAAUACUUGUGUCAAUUCCCUCAUAGCGGCGGACCGUGUUGACAUUAUCGCGGCCUUAUCCAAGGCAGACACCGCUAAGAAAACAGGUGCAAGAAUGGUGUAG